UUUUGCCAGUCUCUUGGCACCAGUCAUUCAACAGGUGUCCUUGGAGAGGGAACACACAGUGUCUAUCAAUAUUCUCAAUGCCUUUACAGAGAGGAUGAAUCACAUAUGGAAACAAAUAUGGACACGAGGUUCAACUCAGCCAGCAAUCCUGCAUGGACACUCCUGUUGCUGCAUACAAAGACUCGUGACUGACUCAGCGUCGCAUUUCUCCAGUAUGAUAUCCUGCUCUGAUAUACAGCUCAAGAAGCAGAUACCAAAACACAGGCAGCGUUUGAAACAAGACAAAGCUGUUAGUAUCCUUCGAGAUCCAGGUGUCCCAGUGCUUGAAAAGCUGACCAGAGAAGACCUUUUGAAAAUGCUAGCUACCAGUGUGGUAUACCAAGAAAAUCCUUUGAUUGGUAUCAAUAAACCAGCAGGACUUCCCAUCACAGGUAAGGAACUCUCCUUUACCUCACUGCUUCCAGAACUUCAACAGCGACUGCAUCUUUCCAAAGAACUCCAUAUUGUAAAAGCAAGUAACAGGGACCAUUCUGGCUUGGUUCUGCUUUCCACCUGUCACCAAACUACCAAGUACAUUGAGAAUGCCUUCAUCCAAGCUCGGAGAAGGAAGGAGGCACUCACCAGUUAUUGUGCUGUGACAGUGGGCAUCCCAGAACCUGCAGAGGGAGAAAUCAGUGUGGCUCUGACAAAGCAGAACAUUGGCGAGCAUGAGCUGGUGGUUCCAGUGUUUCAUCCCACACCUGGAAACUUUCAGCGGAAGGAAGCAAAGAAGGCUGUUACAAGGUAUAAGGUUCUCGAUACUGCAAAUGGCUGUGCAUUAGUACAGCUUCAACCUCUCACAACCUUUGAAAGUGUGUUACAGGUCCACCUCACUGUCAAACUCUCUGCGGUUCUUGGGGAUCAUGUGUAUUCUUCCAGGCUGGGGAAGGUUCUGGGAAUUCCCUUCUGUCUCCCAGUGGAAUUAGCAAUUCCUCGAAUUCAGGUCUUGGAUGAAUCCUUGCUGCGGAAGUUGCAUUUUGACCAGAAACAGAUGUGGAAAAUGCCUCUUCACCUUCACCUACACAAACUUUCAAUUCCACCAUUUGAAACUAAGAAAUUAGAGACACUGAUUGUGGCUGCUCCUCCAGCUUACUUUCUUAGGACUCUUGAUCUCUUAGGCUUAACAGUUAGUGAGUUUCCUGAAGCAAAUGUAAAGAAAAGAAAAUAAAGAAAUGUGUUCCAUAUAGUUCAUGCCAGUACUCUGUGAUAGAGAAAAUUCACUGCUUCCAUGAAGUUUAUUUUGUAGUAAAAUCCAAUUAGAAGCACUGUUUCAGAACCUGUAAUAUCAGAGGAUGUUUCCUCACUUGUGGGUAAUACAAAGGAAUGCACCUAAAUAUUGAUAGGUCCAAAGGGCAUCAUUCCAUAGAGCAUUGGAAACAGUUAUCAUCAAGAAUUACUCUAUAAAUUUGCUAUGAUAUUUACCAAAAUAUAUCUCUGUUCAGAAAUAC